AUGAAGAGCACCUUGAUCGCCGCGGCCGCCCUUGCCGGCUCCGCCCAGGCCGGAAUUCACAAGAUGAAGCUCCAGAAGAUCCCUCUUGCUGAGCAGCUGACUGGUGCUUCUUUCGAGGCACAGGCUCACCAGCUUGGCCAGAAGUACCUUGGCGCCCGCCCUGCCAGCCGCGCCGACAUCAUGUUCAACAACCAGGUUGCCGAGUCCAAGGACGGCCACCCCGUUCCUGUCACCAACUUUGCCAACGCUCAGUACUUCUCCGAGAUCCAAAUCGGUACUCCUCCCCAGACCUUCAAGGUUGUCCUCGACACUGGUUCCUCCAACCUCUGGGUUCCUUCUCAGUCGUGCAGCAGCAUUGCUUGCUUCCUUCACUCCACAUAUGACUCGUCCUCGUCUUCCACUUACAAGAAGAACGGCAGCGAUUUUGAGAUCCACUACGGCUCUGGCAGCCUGACUGGCUUCGUCUCCAACGACGUUGUCACCAUUGGUGACCUCAAGAUCAAGAACACCGACUUUGCCGAGGCCACUAACGAGCCUGGCCUGGCUUUUGCUUUCGGUCGCUUCGACGGUAUUCUGGGUCUUGGCUAUGACUCCAUCUCCGUCAACAAGAUGGUCCCUCCCUUCUACCAGAUGAUCAACCAAAAGCUCAUUGACAAGGCUGUCUUUGCCUUUUACCUUGGUAAGGAGGAUGAGGGCAGCGAGGCCAUUUUUGGCGGUGUCGACAAGGAUCACUACACGGGCAAGAUUGAGUACAUUCCUCUCCGCCGCAAGGCUUACUGGGAGGUCGACUUUGACGCCAUUGCUUUCGGCGACGAGGUUGCUGAGCUCGAGAACACUGGUGUCAUCCUGGACACCGGCACGUCCCUGAACACUCUUCCCACCGACCUUGCCGAGCUCCUCAACGCCGAGAUUGGCGCCAAGAAGGGCUUCGGUGGCCAGUACACCAUUGACUGCGCGAAGCGCGACUCGCUCCCCGAUAUCACCUUUACCCUGGCCGGCUCCAACUACACCCUGCCCGCUAGCGACUACAUCCUGGAGCUUGGUGGCAGCUGCGUCUCUACCUUUACUCCCCUCGACAUGCCUGAGCCCGUUGGUCCUCUCGCCAUUCUCGGCGAUGCCUUCCUCCGCCGCUACUACAGCGUCUACGACCUCGAGAAGGGUGCUGUCGGUCUCGCCAGGGCCAAGUAA